AUGGAGUUCAAUCUGGCCGUCCUCUUUCUUUCCUCCCUGCUCUCCUUCGCUACUCCAUGCAGGCGGCGGAGCGACCGUUUCUCCUGCAGUCGUGGCUACCUCACGAUCUCCGCUCUUCACCGUCUCUGUCAGGACAAAAAUUUUCCCUAUCUCUCGGCGGCAGCUGCCCUGAAUGCCUCGCCUUUUGCCUUCUUGGACUUCGAACUCUUUCAAGUGUUUCGACGCAGUCGCCCUCCCAAGCACAGUCUCAUCACUAGUAUCACCCUUAGGCUAGCAGAUAUGUUGGCUGUGAGCCAUCGACCGCUGUGA